GUGUAGCAGUUAAUAUCGCAAGGCUGCGGAUAUCAGAAAGGCAUUGUUAUUGCUUUUCUUUCCAUGUCUCGCUACUCUUCGCUACACCAAUAAUAAUCGAAAGUGAUUCUUUAUUACCCAGCAUUCCUUAACAACAUGCUGAAGGAGUAGAGGACCGUGCCGCCACUUGGAUAGUAAAAUUAUUUUACGACGGAGAGUCUCCGCUAAUUUGAAUUUAAUGUGGACUGGUAGCAAUUUGUGAAUAAUUGGGAAUGCUCAUUUAGAUAGUUGAUUGCCCAAGUUUUAUGAGGAGAGGGGCAAUUUAACCAGGAUAAUAGCAAUUCGUUUAUUAAAGGAGAUCGAAAAGGGCAUUCAUAUUCCCAUCACAACCGUGAAAACAUCAUCCAACGACAUAGGCCGGCCCCAUAUACGUUCAUUUUAGCGUGUGGAAGAUCCUAAUGGAAUAAUCAAUAAGGGGGUGCUUCAACAUAUACUGCUUCAAUUCGAUGCCUUUCACCUGACGCGGAACAAAAUACACAACCAAUCAAUAUACGUGACGUUUCAUUUCAAGAUAUGACUGAGGAUUAAUUUGAUUAAGGAAACGGAAUGAGUGGAUAAAGGAUUUAAAACUGAAAAUUCGCGAGUAGACUUCACACUUUUUGUGCACAUUCGGUCACCAUUCGUCGUUUUCAUCAGUUAUUAUAAUUUUGUGAAAAUCCUAUUGAACCGAAUACAUAUGAGCAUCAAGAUUAGAAGCCUCAAGAUAAACCGAGCAAAGUUAUUCAACUCUUUUUGUGAUGGCUUUUGGAUACUAAACUGACUUGAAAGUGGUCUUUUGUGCUAUAUUUUAGGGAAAUCCAUUCUAUUUUAAGUUUUUUUUACGAUUGUCUUAAUCUCCAUCACGACGAUUAAUCGACCAUGAAUCCUAUAGAAUAUGAGCAACAUUUACGGUUCAUGCAGCUAUACAAUGCAGCAGUGGCGACUCAAGAGCAAGACUUGGUGUCCAGGUCCUUACGUCGGAUGCGACGCCAUAAUUCGUAUACACACCUUGGGCCAACCUCGCGCAGUUACCCUCCUCCGGUGAGGCGAGCGGACAGCAGCGGCCAGCUGGAGAUCAACCAGAAAGGCAUCAGCAGGACUUCAUCAGAAUCAGGGUACAACUCGAACCUCGAACAUCGACGUCUGUCCCGUUCUCUGGAUCGUGGGCUUACGAAGAGGAGUUCGACCUUGAGUGAUUCAGGGGCCUAUGAAGGCUACCCGAGGGUCCGGCGAGUUAGUGUAAUCCGGAAAGACUCGGAUAUCCGCCCACCGACGCCACCGAUUAUCAAACGAAAAAGCUCAUCAACCCGAAGUAAUGACUCGAUGACUCCUAGUGUUAGGUUCUCAACGGUUGAAGAUAUCAUGGCUGCAUAUGGACACGGUAACUCAUGGAGUGGACGCUACAAGCCGAGACAUUCCAUUGACCGUGAAUCUCAUAUCAGUGCACACUCUAUGAAAGAAUAUGAUGAUAGACAAGGAAGACGAUCAUCUUCGGUGAGUCGUGGCCACGACGAUUUCGACGGUGGACGCCGUUCUUCGCGCGAACAUCGUAAGAAAUCAUCAUCAUCCAGUCGGUAUGGUAGAAGGCCAUCCGUACCAGGUCGGAGAGCUUCGGUGUCGAGUCGGCGAUCUUCGAUUGCAAGCGGAUCUCGGCGGCCCAGUAUCACCAACCGAGUAUCGUACAAUGAUGAACCUCGGGUGUCCAUCGUUAACCCGAAUGGAAUCGAAGGUGCCGAGAUUAUGCAGAGAUUGUCGAGGGUUUCUAGCGAACUGAAGGAAUGGGAGAGGUCGUUGAUUAUGAGCAGAAGGAACUCGGCGCACAGUAGGAGAUCAUCCAACGCUAGCAGGAGACGAUCCACGAGUGGCAGAAGAAGAUCGUCGGUCGGAGAUUCGACUUCAAGCUCUAGUGAUUCCAGUUCUGAUUCAGACUCGGACUCUGACUCCGAUUCCAGUUCAUCCGGAUCGGGUACUACCGACUCGGAUAGUGACAGCAGUUCCAGUUCUGGAUCCGAUAGCGAGAGCGACUCAGAAACAGAUAAUGGCAAAGAAAGAAAAUCUUCGAAUUCCACGAGUGCGAUGCCGAACAAUAACGGGAACGGCGGAAAUGACGUCGCUGACGGCGGUAGAACGGCACAAACAAACGGCGGUAUGGCGUUCGCGAUGGAUGGAGCUGGGCAAUGGGAGAGGAGCGAACCCAACAACUCCUCAAGUCUUUGCGUGAUUCUUUAAGCGAAUGUACUUUACGUUCUGGACUAGGUCUUUAUAUGACUGUGAAACUGAAACUGAAACUUAGGGUCGGUGUAUUUGUACAUCGUCUUAAAGUCGCAGCCGAUGAUGACGUUAUUACGAUUUGAAACUAGGGUUGUUUUAUUCCUACAGGACAUGGACUGGAGAUUCGAUUUCGGAAACAUUUAUCAUUCAGCUUUUAAAGUUGGAAUCUGCAUGUCAAAAGCUACUACAAUUUUUUUGAAUCUCGGAUCGCAACGAAUCGUGUAGUGUGCGUCAGGCUUCAUAUUUUCCUGUGACAAAAUAAUUACAAUUAUAUUUCAAUGCGAUCUGCGUGUAGGUAUAAUAUUUCGAAGUGAAGCAAGGGGAAGAUAAUCGCUUGAAACCAUAACCCUUUCUUUGUUUUAUUGUUCUAUAUCUUAAACUACACAAAGCAAACGAUCUAUACGUUUUUAUCUGAUGAAAAAAAAAUGCUUUACGUACGAGUCCAGAAAUGUACGCAUAUAAUCUUUGGAAAACAUUUCAUAAAUUCUAUCUUUGUAAUAAUUCAAGGCGAUUUUCAAAAUUGUUAUCGAAUUAAUUUAAUGCUUUGAAAUAAGAAAAAAGGAAACAAUCGAUAGUUCGUAAUUAACAGAUACUGUUUUCCUCACCACAUUGCAAGGGUAACCCACCCCUUACGUACUCGACUAUAAUGUGCGUUAUUUAUGAUUGUAUUUCUAAUACACUUGCAGAUAUGAUUAUUACGUGAUGUUAAAUCGGAAUACAUUUUAGUUCGUCCCUUUUAGAGAGUUUUCGAUUUUACGACGCACUACAGAAAGAAUAUAGUAAAUGUAUUGAAAAUGCCCGUCAACCGACCAAGAACGGCUAAGAUGUAUUUGUGGAAAAUUGGUGAACCUGAAUACGGCAGUUUCGUCCUAAUUUUCGGAGCUGACGAAAAAUUGCUGAUUUGUCGUAAGUCCAGAGUUCAGGGCGAAACUGCUGUUUCGAUUCACCGAUUUUCGACAAAGACUUAUUGGUUAUUCUUAGCCUCUUGUCGAGGCCCUGGCGGCUGAUAUUAUACCUAACCCUAACUUGCUCUGCUCGCCAGACCCCUCGCUUAGCUUGGGAUUAUAAUCGACAAUCCAAGAGCAGCCGCCCGGGCCUCGGCAAGAGGCUAGGUUGUUCAUUGUCAUGGAGGGCAUUUGACAAUACAUUUUAUAUGUUCCCAAAUUCGUCGUGCGCUGUGAAAGCGAAAAGUCACUAUUGGGAACACGUAAAAUAACGAUUGCUUGUCGUUAUCCUGUCUUCACUCUGAAGCGAUCUACCCUUUGUCUGCACGCACAGACCCUGGCUUUGAUGAUCAAGUGGGUCUCCACGCAAACACUAGUACAUAGAAAACUUGAUGUUUCAAAUUAGGCUGCACAUUCAGACCCUUAACGCGAGUGAAGUGUUUGCCCAACAAACUAGUCUAUCAUAGACCAACACAUCUUUUAUUUGGGGUUAUUGAUGAAGAGAAUGUUUAGUUAUUAUCACGUGAUUAAUUUAUGACAGUAUUGUAAAGCAAGAUACUUCAAUGUGACAAUAAUAGUUGUACUAACAAUUCCCUUGGAAAAUAAUGGAGAGAACUCGAUCAAUAUUGGUCCAUGGUGGACAUUGUCAACUCAAAUAAAGUUUGUAAUAAUGAGACAUGUUACAGUGGCACCAAUGAAACCGUCUCCAACCCGACUGAUGUUAUGUCAUUAAACAGUAAUGUAAUAAACUAGGUCGAUCUGGGGUUGGUUUCAUCAGUUUGACUAAAGGCCACCGCAAACCUUACGAUUGGUCUGUGACCCGAUUCUUGGAACAAAUCGUCUUUUCCUCAUUAUCUGAAAAUGUGAAUAAAAAUGUAAUCUUUUUAUUUGAGGUUCAAAUUAUAACUGAAAGAAUAUUGAUAUAACAUUUUUUAUGAUUUCAAGCCUUAAUUUUUUUGUAAAGGCAAAAUUAAUUUCAAAUCGUAAACAAUCUUACGAUUUAUAUGACGUCAUUACAACUAGAUAUUACAUUUGCUUUUAUUCUAAUAAGGAUGAUAGCAUGGCACAGAUUUGAAGAAAGGCAUUCGUACGAUGAUUUAGAACAUAACACAGUAAGGUAUGUCAUGUUUCAAUAUUAGCAUCAAAUUCUACUACGUUUUAUUCCAAAAUCGGGUCGCAGAGCAAUCGUAUAGGGUGAGCGGUGGCCGUAAAGCAUCGGAGACAGAUUUUUUUUUUCUAAGGCGGUGCUGCAAGAAAAUAGUUGCAAUCAAUUGCAAAUUUCAGUUGAAAAUUUACAAGUGUAGAUCAAUUUCUGUUUCUGUUUAUGGUAACUCCCGUGGGAACUCGGCAGGACAGCAUUUUUGCUAGUAAACGCCAAGCUGGUAUAAUAAUAAUAAUAUAGGGUAUUUAUAUUGCGCACAUAUCCACCUUGUUAGGUGCUCAAGGCGCUCCUAUAUUACCCGGCUAAGCUAGGCGUUCAUAGCGCACACAGCUUUUUAAGGAAUAACCAAUUAUAACCAAUCAUAUAACCAAUAUAACCAAUAUAACCAAAUAUAACCAAUUACCUAGGAAACAUUUUACGUCUUGGUUAAUCAGUCAUAGUGGCUGACUUUACAGACGACAGAUAUUACUCUUAGGCCUUUUCAUUAAAGUGGAGACAAUGGCAGAGUGGGGAUUCGAACUCACAACCUUGCGAUUAUGAGUCCAAUGCUCUAACCAAUGGACCACACGACCCAUUUGAUUUGCCAUUUCAACUAUGGCAAAUCAAUUCAUACUAGUUAAUACAAGAAACAGAGCAUCGAUCAAGUGCAAAUUUGUGAUUAAUUGCAAGACUUAUGAUUGAUUUGGGACUUAAAAUUGACUUGUAGCACUCAAUAAGAUAAAAUGGUGCAAAACGUUUUAGAUGUGCCUAAAUUUUGAACUCUUUCACCGUAGUUUAUUGAUAAAUGUAUGUGUUUCAUUUAAUGGAAGUUUGUACAGUAUUUUUAUUCAACUAAUUAGUUUGGAUAUGUAUAAAAUCAAUAAAUGGACCUUCAAUUUAAAAUAAAAAUA